UUCCAUCAUUUCAUUGGUCUGGGAGCUUCCGGCUUCUUUCUCUUGAUGCAGUUUCCCAAAACAGGUGAAACAAACACCAUUAUGGGUCAAUAGAUGGAUCAGAUUGUGGGUAAAUUUCAUUCACCUGACUAUUGAUUCAUAUUCCCUAACAUCUCGUUCUAUUUUCCGUUCGAGUAUCUCCCGGUUGUCAUUUGUUGCGGAUUAGUUUAGCUUGAAGCGGACCGCAACAAUGAUGGCGUCUAGCUACAACGCUAAGGAAGAGGACGGACACCACUCGGGAUCUUCAACUCACGGCGGUACGGGGGCUGCGAAAAAUAAAAAACCGGACAAUACAGCGUUCAAACAGCAGAGACUUCCAGCUUGGCAGCCUAUACUGACCGCGGGUACUGUGCUCCCUGCUUUCUUCGUUAUCGGACUCAUGUUCAUCCCCAUCGGGAUCGGCCUGUAUGUGACUUCAAACAACAUAAAAGAGUACGAGAUUGAUUACACUGGCAUAGAGCCCAACAGUCCUUGCUAUGACUGCGCCAAUAACUUCACCUGGAACAGCACAACAUCAUGCGUCUGCACUGUGAACUUCACGCUGGUGCAGCCAUUCGAGAGCAAUGUCUACAUGUACUACGGUCUGUCCAACUUCUACCAGAACCACAGACGCUAUGUGAAGUCCAGAGAUGACAGCCAGCUAAAUGGAGUUCAAUCCUCUUUAUUGAACCCCAGUAAGGAAUGUGAGCCAUACCGUACAAACCCGGAGACAAAACAGCCCAUAGCUCCAUGUGGAGCCAUAGCAAACAGCCUUUUCAAUGACACCCUGGAGCUGUAUUACAACCACCCCGACGGCAACACGUCAAAAGUUAAUCUGGUAAAGAAGGGCAUUGCUUGGUACACAGAUAAGAAUGUGAAGUUCAGGAAUCCUGGAAACGAAAAAGAUAACUUGACUGAACGUUUCAAAAGCACAGCUAAGCCAGUGAACUGGAUGAAGCCAGUGUACGAGUUGGACCCGUUAGAUCCUGAAAACAACGGCUUCAUCAACGAAGACUUCAUCGUGUGGAUGCGCACAGCCGCUCUGCCCACUUUUCGGAAGCUCUAUCGCAUCAUCCAAAAAAAGCCGGACUCAACUCCGACUCUACCCAGUGGCAGAUACUUCUUGAAGAUCACUUACAAUUACCCCGUUCGCAGCUUUGAUGGCCGGAAGCGAAUGAUCCUAAGCACCAUUUCCUGGAUGGGAGGAAAGAACCCCUUCCUGGGCAUCGCCUACAUCACCGUGGGCUCCAUCUGCUUCUUCCUGGGUGUCGUUCUGCUUAUUAUCCACCAUAAAUACGACACCCGCACCAACAGCGCAGAUAUUCCUAACUAAAUAGCUCCUGUGUUGGGUCUUCAAGUCUGCAUGCGCCGAUGACCCUGUAGGGUCUAUUCUGGACUGCUUAGUUGUUUUAGUUGGGAUACACUGUGAAUGUCUGGUUUGUUUGCACAAUGGCAGGCAUGUCUGAAGCAUCAUAUCGUAGCUCUGUUUGUCUCUUCCUCAUCUGUGUGUUUUUUGCGUAAAUAGCUUCAAGCAUUGUUCUGUUAUUUAUCUCUACAUCAAAGUUCUUGUUUUACCUUUGUGGUUAUUAUGCAAAUAGCUUAUUUCAAGAAUGUAUGUAUUCUUUAAGGUUUUGGCUUAUAUUCUAUAUUAAAACCAGUCCUGCUGAUGAAUGUAACAUUUUACUUCUGGUUUUUAAGAUGAUCUUUAUUUCAGAAUCAGAUAUUUGUUGCCUGUAUGCUGUAAGUUAUGGUAAACAUUGAAGUCAAACAAAGUAUUUAAUCUCUGGAAAAAAGGUAGCAUAUUCCUGGUAUACUCUCCACUCUAAUUGAUCUAGAUACAUUUAUGCUCUUUAUGCCCGAUGUUCUUUAACUGUAAAAUGCUUAUUGAAUGGAACAUUAAAAUUUCCCAAUAUAGCCAGUAUUCCUAAUUCCAAGAAUUUUGGACCAUGUUUCUGGUUAAUUAUGCCACAAUAAUUUAGAAUUUUAGCUUUGUGUUAAAAUUGUGUAAAAAAACCUUUAAUGUUGACCAAAUGCUAUGCACUUUACAAGUGUCACAUUUGUUAGUGUAUCCCUUGUUUCAUUCAAUUUUCUGUUACAAUGUUACUUUAGAACUGUUGAUACAGAAAAUGUUCAUUUAAAUUUGAAAAUCUUGGGUUUUAUAAGGUUUGUAGGGUCCAAAUAAACAACUCUGUCAGUA